AAGAUUCAAAGAGACACGAUAACAAGUGCAUGUAAACCUCUGAAGCAGGUUAUUAUCUGUCUGAAGAAGCCGGAGCACAGGCGGACGGCUCGGUCAAUACUACAGCACAUCACGAAUCUGUAGAGGAAUAAACAUCACAGGAUGUUAAGGGCUGUUUUGCUUCUGUUAGUGGUUGUUGGUAUCCAUGCAAGACCACUGCAAGAUGUCCAUCGACUCCGAAAGAGUGAAUGGAAAAUUAAAGGCCCACAACUGGUCCAAGACGAACUCAAGGAAGACACAGUCCAAUGGAAGAGCAGGGAACCUUCACAUCAUUCAAAACUGAUGAAGAUGAACACUGAGGAGAACCACAACUCGGUUCCUGUGGAGGAACGUAGGCAGGGAACAGAACCAUCCAGACGCUUCCUGAUGGACCUGAACACUGGCAUGCUGAAGGAGGAGGUUGGAGAAAUGAACAGAAGAGUCGCCGGCUACUAUAAUCCAUCAGCGUAUGAGAUCAGACAGGGAACUCAGAAAUCUCAUAUGACUCUGGUGGAUCCUGUGACUGGACAGAGGAUGUAUCCACUAACAGAGAUGCAGAGGAGCACAGCACCAUUGGAUGAGUACAGACAGGGCACCGAGUACAGACCACAAGUCCUGAAGAUACUCAGAAUGCGUGACAUCUUGAGAUCGCAGUUCAGCGCUGCUGGAGAGAAACAUGAACAGAGAGAAGUCUCUCCUGAGAUACACCAUCACGGUAUUGAACCUUCCAGAAACAUCUUGAUGGACCUGAAUGCUGGUCAACUCAAAGAAAAGAGAAAUGAGAUGGACAAUAAAGCAGUAGGCUCUAAAUGGGAAGUGGUUUCUGGUCCAGAUCAUGAACAAAACCAUGAAUUAGUUCCUGUGGAGGAACGUAGGCAGGGAACAGAACCAUCUAGACGAUUCCUGAUGGACCUGAACACUGGCAUGCUGAAGGAGGAGGUUGGAGAGAUGAACAGAAGAGUCGCCGGCUACUAUAAUCCUUCGCCGUAUGAGAUCCGACAGGGAACUCAGAAAUCUCAUAUGACUCUGGUGGAUCCUGUAACUGGACAGAGGAUGUAUCCACUAACAGAGAUGCAGAGGAGCACAGCACCAUUGGAUGAGUUCAGACAGGGCACCGAGUACAGGCCACAAGUCCUGAAGAUACUGAGAAUGCGUGAUAUCUUAAGAUCGCAGUACAGCGCUGCUGGAGAGAAACAUGAACAGAGAGAAGUCUCUCCUGAGAUACAUCAUCAUGACAGAUGGGAAGUGAUGGCUGGUUCUGUGCAUGAGGGAAAGGAAAGACAGCAGUCUUCUGGACAUGAGGUGGACCACAAAGCAGUUCCUGUGGAGGAACGUAGGCAGGGAACAGAACCAUCUAGACGAUUCCUGAUGGACCUGAACACUGGCAUGCUGAAGGAGGAGGUUGGAGAGAUGAACAGAAGAGUCGCUGGAUACUAUAAUCCUUCACCGUAUGAGAUCAGACAGGGAACUCAGAAAUCUCAACUCACUCUGGUUGAUCCUGUAACUGGACAGAGGAUGUAUCCACUAACAGAGAUGCAGAGGAGCACAGCACCAUUGGAUGAGUUCAGACAGGGCACCGAGUACAGGCCACAAGUCCUGAAGAUACUGAGAAUGCGUGACAUCUUGAGAUCGCAGUACAGUGCUGCUGGAGAGAAACAUGAACAGAGAGAAGUCUCUCCUGAGAUACUUCAUCAUGCAGAAAGAUGGGAAGUGAUGGCUGGUUCUGUGCAUGAGGGAAAGCAAAGACAGCAGUCUUCUGGACAUGAGGUGGACCACAUAGCAGUUCCUGUGGAGGAACGUAGGCAGGGAACAGAACCAUCUAGACGAUUCCUGAUGGACCUGAACACUGGCAUGCUGAAGGAGGAGGUUGGAGAGAUGAACAGAAGAGUCGCCGGCUACUAUAAUCCUUCGCCGUAUGAGAUCCGACAGGGAACUCAGAAAUCUCAACUCACUCUGGUGGAUCCUGUGACUGGACAGAGGAUGUAUCCACUAACAGAGAUGCAGAGGAGCACAGCACCAUUGGAUGAGUUUAGACAGGGCACCGAGUACAGGCCACAAGUCCUGAAGAUACUGAGAAUGCGUGACAUCUUGAGAUCGCAGUUCAGCGCUGCUGGAGAAAAACAUGAACAGAGAGAAGUCUCUCCUGAGAUACAUCAUCAUGAAAUGCCUGUAGCUGUCUGCCAGGGUGAGAUGAUUCAAGGAAGGUGCUACAAUUUUAAUCCAACUCCACAGACAUUCAACGAAGCUGAGGCUUCCUGUAAAAAACUUUCUUCAGAAGGUCAUCUGGCAUCAGUGCCGAACGCAGAUGUCCAUAAACAGCUUGUGACGAUGGUGGCCAAAGCAAAGAAAGCUCCAGUUUUGACAUGGCUUGGAGGGAUUCAGAAGAAAAACAAGUUCCAAUGGAUAGAUGGUACCUCCUGGGGAUACAGUGAUUGGAUGCCGAAUCACCCCCAGAAACACACGAUGUCCUGCCUUGAGAUGUUCAGAUUUGAUGAGAGCUGGUGGACAGAGGUUGACUGUGGUCAACAGAGAGCAUUUAUCUGUUCUUAUCCAAUGACAGCAUGAAGACCUCAUGAUACACUAAUGAUCAUUAUAAGCUUUUCUUUGAUUUAAACAAUACAUUUGUAUUGUCAUUAACGAUAAUGGAACUUCUAUUGAACUAUAGUUUGAUAAGGUUUAUUGGUAAAUGGACUGCUCUCCAAAAGGAGCACUUUAUACAAAAUAAAAGCAUUGCAA